CCAAAGAACGUGACGUCGUGCGCACGUUGCUACGCGCCUCAAGACCGGGAACGGACAGCGCACGUUCACUUGUGGGCAAACUGACUUUGGUUUUUCUACGUUUCUCAGUUGUUACACGUGUUGCUGUCAUGCCAGCUAAAAAGACCACCACCAAGAGGAAGUCUGAUGCUAUUGUGGAGGAUGAGAAAGACCUUAAGAAAGUGAAAGUUUCCCACACGAGUCAUGGCAAGGAAGGAGGCCAGGUGCUUGUUCUGGGCCAGGGUGAUGUUGGACAGUUGGGUCAAGGCGAGGAUGUCAUUCAGAGGAAGAAGCCAGCCCUUGUGACCCUGCCAGAGAAAAUUAUCCAAGCGAUUGCUGGAGGAAUGCACACUGUCUGCCUCAGUGACACUGGUCAUGUCUACACUUUUGGCUGUAACGACGAGGGGGCCCUUGGUCGGGACACAUCAGAGGAGGGGUCUGAGAUGGUUCCAGGAAAGGUGAUUCUGGCGGGGAAGGUGGUCCAGGUGUCGGCAGGGGACAGCCACACAGCUGCACUCACAGACGAUGGAACAGUGUACAUCUGGGGCGCGUUCAGGGAUAACAAUGGUGUUAUAGGUCUGCUGGAGUCCAAUAAAACAUCUACCGUUCCAGUCAAGGUCCCCAUGACGGAACCUGUUGUAAAAAUCGCAUCAGGUAAUGACCACCUGAUACUGGUUACGGUGCAGGGAAAUCUGUACUCAUCCGGCACUGGAGAGCAGGGGCAGCUGGGAAGAGUGCCUGAGCUUUUUUCAAACAGAGGAGGAAGGAAAGGCCUCAGCCGGUUGCUGGAACCACAGAUAGUUAAAGUCAAAGGGAAAGUUCACUUCAUAGAUGCUUUCUGUGGGGCGUACUUCACAUUUGCUGUGUCAAAAGAGGGACAUAUUUAUGGAUUUGGCCUCACCAACUAUCACCAGCUGGGCACUAAAAGCACCAAGAUGUGCUUUUUCCCAGUAAGACUAACGUGCUUCAAGAACUCUACCACCUCCUGGGUGGACUUCUCUGGAGGACAACAUCACACACUCUGCCUUGAUGCUGAAGGGCAUGUAUACAGCCUGGGCAGAGCAGAGUAUGGGCGCCUUGGUCUGGGCGAGGGGGCUGAAGAGAAGAGUGAGCCCACGCCUGUGAUGGGGAUUGAGGCGGCCAGCAGUGUGGCAUGUGGAGCAUCUGUCAGCUUCGCUGUCACCAGAGAAGGGUCUGUGUAUGCCUGGGGCAUGGGCACCAACCUGCAGCUUGGCACAGGAGAGGAGGAUGAUGAGUGGAGCCCCGUAAAGGUGACGGGCAAGCAGCUCGAGAACCGCGUAGUACUGAUGGCCUCCAGUGGAGGGCAGCACACAGUCCUUUUGGUCAAAGACAAGCAGGAAAGCUGAUGUCCAUCGCAGGCAGAAUUAUGGGGGAUCUUUCGAUCUGCUUCAAGGUGGGGCCUUGUUCACGAUGCCUAAAUCUGGGGAUGGUGUUAAUCUAUGUGCAACUUCCUGUGCUGAGCCGAGGUAGAGGUGAGAUUCAAGCCCUUUUAUGGGAACGCUUCUCCUCUGGUGAGGGGGGGGGUGUUCAUGGAUGUUCAGUAGAUCAUGACAAAUGAGAGACUAUUUUUUUAAAUCUAGUUUUUGGUGUUCACUUUGAAUUCUUUUCAUUAAAAGUCAUUAGUAUGACUGUAAGAUGAUAUAUGUGAUGUUUGUAAAUGUGAUAUUGGCAUGUACGUAAAGAAAAAGAGUGUAAGCCUUUUAAUGACUUCCCCAAACAAUAAUCUUUUAAACUUUUAUUUUUUUUUCUUUCCUUUAAAGCAAUAAUUCCAUUGACCUAGGUUCAGACAGGACAUUUAUACGAGCGAGUUUAAUAUGUGAGACUACUGUUCAUUGUACCUUAGGCACACAACAUUGCUGUGGCUAUUUGGACAUUUGGUAACACAUCAUACUGUAUCCUGCAUUUUGUUGCUUUCCCUGUCUGAAAAUAAAGAUUACAUUUUAAGUU